CGAUCGUACAGAAACUGAUAUUCCCGGGGACAUUUCCACACCUAAUGGGUUCAACAAAACUUGAGAAACCAAGACAAAGAGUCUAGUUUGAUACUACAUUGAAUCAAGAAAGAGGCUGCUUGCUGGUAGCUCUUCUUACCAAUUCCAAUUGUCAUGGCGCCAGCUCUCUCUUCAAAUUCGUUUUUACUGAACAUACCCGCAUCCCAAUCAAGAAAAACAGUCAAGAAACAAAGGCUUACUGCUUUUGCCAAAAAAGCCGGCGCUGGACCUUUUUCAGGUUUUCAGUUUGGUAAAUCAGCAGAUGAUCCUUCUUCAAGAGAAGGCCAAGAAGAUAUUUCCGGCAACUCUUCCCCGUUUAAGUUCAAUUUUGGCAAGUUGCCCGACGUGAAAUCCUUUGUUCCUGCUGUCAACAGCCCGGCUUCAGGAUUAUCAUUGAUAAGGCGCAAGGAUCCCGGAACAGUGUUCGUUGCUGGUGCUACAGGCCAGGCUGGAGUACGCAUUGCCCAAUCACUUUUGCGGGAAGGGUUCAAAGUUAGAGCUGGAGUUCCUGACCUUGGUGCUGCCCAAGAACUAGCUCUUCUGGCUGCAAAAUACAAGAUCAUUUCUAAUGAUGAAUCGCGUCGUCUCAAUGCUGUUGCAUCAAAUUUCAAUGAUGCGGAAGCAAUAGCAAAAGCUAUAGGAAACGCUAGUAAAGUUGUCGUUACAAUCGGCCCUGGAGAGAAUGGUCCGACUGCAGAUGUCACUUUUUCGGAUGCUUUGCAAGUAAUUCAAGCUGCGCAGUUGGCUAAUGUUGGUCAUGUGGCCAUAAUAUAUAAUGGAUCAUCAUUCACUGCGUCAACUUACAAUGUGCUAGAUGGCAUAACAUCCUUUUUCGGCAAUAUGUUUGCGCGGUCUGCACCAUUGACGAUCCCAGAGUUUCUCCAGAAGUUAGUGGAGACAGACCUUAGAUACACCUUGAUAAAGACUAAUCUCACCGAGGAUUACUUGCCAGAGAGUUCGUACAAUAUCGUUGUGUCGGCUGAAGGAAGUGCUGGUGCAACCGACUACAAAGUUUCCAAGUCAAAAAUUGCCUCUCUAGUAGCAGGAAUUUUCUCAAAUACUGCUGUUGCUGAGAAUAAGGUUGUGAAAGUCUUUACUGAUCCAGCAGCACCCUCAAAGCCUGCAGAAGAACUUUUCACCAUCAUCCCGGAGGAUGGGAGAAGGAAGGCUUAUGCAGAAGCCCUUGCAAAAGCCAGGAAAGAGGAAGAGGCUACAAGAGCAACAGAGAAAUCUCGUCUAGCUGCGGAAGCAGCAAAGAUGAGCAAAGAAGAGUUAAAGAAACUUGCAAAGCAGGAAGCUGAGGCUGCCAGUUUUGCAGAACAAGCCCAAGAGAAGGCGGCUGCUGCAGGAGUUUCAGUUGAGAGCCUCUUAAGUAAAGCCCAAGGCAUAAGCUCAGGACUAUCUUGGGAAAACCUGAGCUCACAGCUGAAAUCAGCUGUUCAGCAACCUGCGGAAGCAGCAAAGAUGCGCAAAGAAGAGUUAAAGAAACUUGCAAAGCAGGAAGCUGAGGCUGCCAGUUUUGCAGAACAAGCCCAAGAGAAGGCGGCUGCUUCAGGAGUUUCAGUUGAGAGCCUCUUAAGUAAAGCCCAAGGCAUAAGCUCAGGACUAUCUUGGGAAAACCUGAGCUCACAGCUGAAAUCAGCUGUUCAGCAACCGGGCGAGGACUCUAAAGUGCAGGUCGCUACUGUGAGGGGUCAGGGUAGGGCUCGAAAUCUGCCUGCCCAAAAAGCUGUAGUCAAAAAAUCUGCUUCCUUAAAAUCAAGGGAGCUUCCAAAGCCAAAGGCCAAACAACCAGAGUCCAAGACAGAGGUCAGAAAGGUUUUUGGCGGGUUGUUUCAGCAAGAAACCAUUUAUGUUGAUGAUGACUAAGAAGAUUGGAGCUACAUAUAUUCUAUUCUCUGUGACUUUUUCAUCUGCCUGUGUGUUCAUUAUUGAUGCUGGGUUAAGUUGGUUUUGACAGAACGAGCUAGAAUGGAGCACAUUUUUGCACAGUGGUAAGACUUCGAAGAAUUGCUAUUUAUCAGAUAGUAGCAUAUUUGUGGACUCUGAGUUGUACUACAGACUUCCAGCUUGUUGUAACAAAUACUUAAAUGUUUAAAUCGAGAUUCCAACACAUACAGCCGACUACA